AUGAUCAACUUAUCACAAAUAUAUAAUUUUGGUAAGGGGAAGGGGAGAAGACUGAUUAGAAAAUUGCCCAGGGAAUUCAUUUCUUCUGCCCUUCAAGUUCAUAUGCCAACACUGGGUCUAUCGGGAGAUCAGGACAAGUUAAACAAAUCAUUGAGAAGCAUCAGGAAAGAGUUUUUACCAGAUUUAAAAUCAGAAGAUAAUGAAGGAAUUGCUAUAGAUGCUAGUAGAUCAAACACUAAAAAUACUAGCGUGAAUGGUGCUAGUAGUGAUUCUGAAAUUACCGUAGCGAAAAAUCGAUUGCACAAAAGAUUGUGGAAUGCGGCUAGAAAGUCAUCAAAACACUGGAAUUUGGCUGUAAAGAAACUGGAAAUUGCAAAUUUACCUCUGGAUGAAGUCACCGGGACACUAUUAAUCCAUGGAUCACUCCUUUACAAAUCGCAUCAGGAAGCACUAGAAACACUAUCAAUUAUGAAAAAAGAAGUCAUACACCCUUCGUUGCUUAGAUAUAAUGCGCGUCUAAUAGCUAUACAUCAGGAGUUAAGCAAUUUGGGCGCCAGACCAUGCAACAUGAAUUGGCUUAAGGUGAUGAGAAGUUCUUGGCUAGUCGCUUCGUUUGUAAAGGGCAGGAGGGAGAGAUUUAUUCAGAGGAAUAUGGGCCAGGGGAUUCACAAACCUAGUUUGCUUUGGUUCAUGGGGUAUGAUCCUUUACUCACGCAUGAAAAGUUGUAUUGA